AUGGCACCCAAUUCGGAUUCGGAUCUUAUGUGGCCACCGGGUACCGUUCGACUUGAAGUUCUUCAACAGCCAGGUGCAGAUGAUGCGGUUAUUCUACAACCACAGCCGAGCAGAGAUCCAAAUGACCCACUGAAUUGGUCGCCAUGGCGCAAGCAUCUCAACUUCGGUCUUGUUUCUCUCUACGUAUUCAUGGUUUUUGCACUAAUUGAUUGUGCCCCUGUCACUUGGGGCCCCAUGAACAGACAAUUGGGCUUCAGUUACGAGAUAUUAAAUGACAGCUAUGCUAUUGGCUGUGGUACUCUUGCCCUUGGCGGUCUUUUGCUAAUUCCUUUUGCGCUGAAAUACGGCCGACGUCCAGUAUACCUGAUGAGCACUGCGAUUCAAUUAGGGAUGAGUGUUUGGACCGCCAGAAUGCAAACAGUAGCAGACCUCCUGCUUAUCAAUGCCUUUAGCAAUCUAGUGGCUGCUCUAGCUGAGACAAUGGUGCAGAUGACUAUUGCAGACGUCUAUUUUGUUCAUCAACGUGGGCUCAUGAACAGCAUUUACCUCCUGAUGUUGACUAUGGGGGUGUCGGUUGCUCCUAUCGCUGCCGGCUACAUCACCAUCUAUGAAGGCUGGCGUUGGGUCUGGUGGUGGAUGGCCGUCUUCUUCGGUGCUGCAUUCCUCGGUUUUCUUUUCUUCUAUGAGGAAACGAAAUUCUCAUCUACUCCGGUCGAGAAUAAUGGGCCGUCCGGAGGCUCCGAAUCCAAAGACAAAUCUGGCUCCAACACAAUACAUUUUGACGGAGUUGACUUGGAAAAGCUCAACGGGAUAUCCGGACCAGAACGACAGCUUACUGCAAUCAGCGUUGACCAUUCGAUCCCAAAAAAAACCUACAAGCAAAGGCUUGCACUCUGGUCCGCAUCGCCCAGCUCACUUUCACAGCUAGCCAAACAUAUGUAUGAGCCACUUUUCAUGCUGUUUUACUUCCCUGCGGUGGGCUAUGUUGGGCUCAUGUACGGGUUCAUGACGGCCAGUAUUACCGUGACGAUCACUACUUACUCAGACUGGAUGACCCUCCCACCUUACAACUUCAGCGCGGCUGGGAUUGGCUUGAUGGGUCUUCCAGCAUUUAUCGGGACAGCUUUGGCAGCGGUCAUUUGUGGGCCACUGAGCGAUUAUUUCAUCAUCUACCUUUCCAAGCGAAAUAACGGGAUUUAUGAACCAGAAAUGCGGUUAUGGGUCAUUUUAAUGUUCGCCCCAUUUGUCCCUGCGGGUCUCCUGAUGUUUGGUAUCGGAUUGAACAAUGGUCAACCUUGGCCGAUUCUGGCUGUUGGGUUGGGUCUGGUUGGAUUUGGCACGACACCAGCCUGCAGCAUAAGUUUGACCUACCUCACGGAUGCAUAUACAGCGAUUAUUGCCGACUCAAUGGUUGGAGUCACUUUCGUUCGAAAUGUCAUUUCUACAAUUUUCGUCUUCGCUCUGUCUCCUUGGAUUACAUCGGCUGGAAUAACUGGAUUCUACAUUUCGUUUUCGGCUAUUGUCAGUGCCAUUUUACUGGCACUUUUGAUUUUUGUCUUCUUCGGUCGAAAAUUCCGGGUGAAGUUUGCAGAAAGGUAUCGCUUUUUUGCUAAGAAGCAAAUUGACUCGCGGAAAGCGUAG